ACAACUGCGAGCAGUCGAGAUCUACACUUCCUCUUCGACUUUUUGCACCGAGAGACGACUCGUGUCAUUGCACGCAAAGGAUAUUUUUGGCAUUGAUAGCUAUUAAUAAAUUUAACAAAAAUAUAUCAAUUAAAAAUUGUAGAUAUUAAUUGAAGUGUUUUUAAUUAAUGCGUUUCAUUAUUUGGAGAUCUAAUAGUGGUGUGCAAUUUACCUGGAAUGCCUAGUGAAUAGACCAUGAAGUCCAAUGUAACAAUGUCUUCUUGGAUGUUGGGACUAUUUAUGAUCAUCAACAUAAUUCUGGGUAUCAGAUCUUUUGAAUAUCCACUUUAUUCUCUACGUCAUGGAUACAGAUCUCAACCUUCCUUUAUGCCUUCCUUUAAAAGAUGGUCUGAUUCUUGGGAAGAUGGACCACGUCCCAGUUAUUUGUUUCGUCGAGAUACUCAAGAAAUUCCUACUCGUAUUCAGUACACGAAAAUCAACGUGCAAGAACCAGAAUCACGAGCUGACCCUUUGGUGACCAUCAGUGAAACUCUCGGUGCACUUAAUACAGUUGGGAGUUACAUCGUAAACAUGACUCGAGGCGUUGAUAGUUCAGAAAAUCCACCUAAGGAAUUGCCAUCUGCUAUUUAUACUAUUUCUAAAAAUAUCCUAGGAAGAAAUGUGACUGAUAGCAUUGCUCCGUUGGUACGAGGAGUUGGUCUACCUCUACGUGCACCAUCAACAACAACCACGACUACGACCACAACUACAACAGAAAGUCCAUUUGUUAAUGACAAAGAAAGCGAAAAUGUGAUCAAUAGAGAUAAAGAAUCAGCUAUAGCCACAUGCACCACUGCUGAUGGUGGACCAGGCAGAUGUCAAGAUCUUAGUAAUUGCCCUCAUCUUCUGCUAAAUCUUACCAAACUUCGUCAAUCACUCUGCUUCAAAAGUCUUUUCGUUCCUGGAGUUUGCUGUCCAAUGGAUAAAAUUGAUUCUUCACAAUCAACACACCUGAGUCCCGUGACGAGUUCGCCAGUUAGUGAAAGUGGACGUCCAACAAGACCUCCUUAUCGGCCACUAAAGCCGGUGACACCAAGGCCUAUUCCACUAUAUACACAACCUACAUCGACCCCUAGUCCAAUUACGGUUCUUAAACCGCUACCGGAUUUAUCAGUAGCUAAUUCCACUAGUUUCGAAACUGUCGACACUAUUGAUAGUAACUUUAUUCAAGAUGAUGAAGAAUGUGGAGUUAGAAAUUCUGGGAAAUAUCGAGUGGUUGGUGGAGAAGAAGCAUUGCCAGGUCGUUGGCCUUGGAUGGCAGCAAUAUUUCUCCAUGGUUCUCGUAGGACAGAGUUCUGGUGCGGAGGAUCUCUGAUAGGACCUCGACAUAUUCUUACGGCAGCUCAUUGCACCCGAGAUCAACGACAGCGACCAUUCGCAGCUCGACAAUUUACAGUGCGUUUAGGUGACAUUGACCUCGAACGCGACGACGAGCCAUCGUCUCCAGAGACUUAUGGAGUGAAGGCCAUCCAUGCUCACCCAAAGUUCUCACGAGUUGGCUUUUAUAACGACAUUGCUAUUCUUGAGCUCAGCAGGCCCGUGAGAAAAUCGCCUUACGUCAUACCAAUUUGUUUGCCUCAGGGUCGCUACCGGAACGAAGCCUUUCAGGGCGCAAGACCAACAGUAGUCGGAUGGGGAACAACAUACUAUGGUGGAAAGGAGAGCACAGUUCAACGCCAAGCUGUUUUGCCAGUUUGGAGGAAUGAGGACUGCAAUGAUGCAUACUUUCAACCAAUAACUGGAAAUUUUCUUUGUGCUGGCUACAGCCAAGGUGGUAAAGAUGCUUGUCAGGGUGAUUCUGGUGGUCCAUUGAUGCUUAGAGCUGAAGGUAAAUGGAUGCAAAUCGGUAUUGUGUCGUUUGGAAAUAAAUGUGGUGAGCCGGGAUAUCCUGGAGUUUACACCCGAGUUACUGAAUACCUAGAUUGGAUCAAGAGUAAUUUAAAUUGAGGUCUGAUUGUGACCACCAAUAAAAAUUACUCUCAAAACUAGAGUAAUCUAGUUAUUAUGUUCAGAUUUCUCCUCAGUAGAAACGACUAACGAUUUUACUAGAUUAUUCCACAAAGAAUUUAAGUGGAACAUUGAGCCCAUUGUUGCUGAUGCAUUUCAGGGAAUUUUAAAAAUUACAUACAAGGUAAUUUUAAUAUGAAUGCUAAUAUUUUUUCAUCAUUAAUCAAGCUUUGUUCAUUCCUCUAAAUCCAACCUUUUGUAAAUAUUAAUUCAA